AUGGAUAGAUCCGAUUGUGGGAUUUUGCAGGGACCCCAAAUAACCCCAGAGGAGGCUUCUUGUUUUGACACCAUUCCAGACGUUCCGAUCUAUCGCCCCAAGGAGUCUGAGUUUCGCGAGUUUGCUAUGUGCAUGUCGCUCAUCGAGCGGAUGGGGGCGCAUCACAUGGGCCUCUGCAAAAUUAUUCCUCCAACUUCCUGGUGCCCACGCCGCAGUGGCUACAAGGAUAUCAACUUCACUAUCGAGAAGCCCAUAGUUCAAUUUUGCACUGGCACCGGUGGCAUCUAUCUUCAGGAUGUGCGUGCUCAGAAGAGCAUGAGUUUCAAGAGGUAUGCAAAGAUGUCGAAUUCUUCUCGACUCCAAACACCAAUGCAUGCUAGUGUGAAUGAGCUGGAGGAGAUCUAUUGGAAGUCAAUCCACCGCCUGCAGCCAUUGUAUGGAGCCAACGUGAGUGGUAGUUUGACCGACCCAGAUCAACCCUAUUGCAACAUUUCCAAGCUGCGCUCCAUGCUAAGUGACAUUCUAGCCCAAGAGGACAUUGAAAUUGGUGGUGUAAAUACUCCCUAUCUCUAUUUUGGCGCCUGGGCCACUACUUUUGCCUGGCAUGUGGAAGACAUGGACCUGUACUCAAUCAACUACCUUCAUUUUGGCGAGCCCAAGCUCUGGUACUGCAUCCCACCAGCUUUUGCGAGAAAAUUUGAGGCUUUUGCAAGAGAACAUUUCAAGUCGGAAUUCCUCGCAUGUCGCAGUUUCCUCCGUCACAAAUCCAUUCUGAUAGAUCCGAAGGUUUUAGCCGCGGCCGGAAUUCCCACACGUCGCAUCUUGCAAUACGAAGGCGAAAUAAUGUGCACUUUCCCCUACGGUUACCAUGCGGGCUUCAAUACAGGCGUGAAUUGUGCCGAGUCAACAAACUUUGCUCUGCCGCGCUGGGUAGAGUAUGGCAAGCACGCAAGCAUUUGUAUGUGCUGGGAUGACACGGUUCGGAUAGAAAUGAGUCCUUUCGUCCGACGUCUCCAGCCUCACCUCUUUGAAGCCUGGCAAAGGGGUGAGCAAAGAGGACCGCAUCCCCUUGAACUAUACACGCCUCGUAUGCACAGAGACAUUACGACAUCAGUCAGUGUUGAAGACAACUUAAUUGUGGAGAGCGAUGAUCCAAAAUUGGCCGAUCUCAAUGUUCCAAAUCUCUUUUAUACCAACACAGCUUUGGCCGAAGCAGUCUUGCCGUUGUACCUAAAACGAAAUCGUAGGCUCCGGUCUCUGUGGUGUGGAUUCGAGGCGAAUCUCAAAACAAUUAUUAAUUUUAACCAAAUGAUAGGCACUCAAGAACCAUUUUGCUCGAUCUGCGCGUUUUUUAUGUCUCCAUUGGUUCGUCAGUCUAAUUUAAAGCCUCCUGUGUAUUUACUGAGUUAUAUGGUUGCGGAUUUGGAUUUACAGGCUACUCGAAAGGCGCUAUGUGAGCGACGCAAAGCGAAGCCCUUGCUCGAGUCCAGUGAGCCCUAUCUCUCUGAGGUGGCAUUCUGUCGGUCACCUUCCGAUUUUGCCAGGAUUCAUGCUAGGUGCGAUCCCAGAAGCCGUGUUCUGCUCUGUUCCCGAUGCAAAGUUGUCGUCCACGCCAGUUGCUAUGGUCUUGACGAUCUUGACUCUUACUCACCUUUGUGGAAGUGUGACGCCUGUAGCUCCACCGAUGAUCAACCCCAAUGUGUACUGUGUCCAAUGCGUGGAGGAGCCCUAAAGGCUUUGGCUAAUGUACGCCGCUCGAGUCGUGGAGAGCGGUUUUGGGUGCAUCUGGCCUGUGCUAUUGCGGUAGGGCCGCAACGGUGCUGCUUUCUGGACGUGCGCCGACGUUUUCCCGGCCUGUUGCAGCGCUUGCCGCGGUACACAGUACAGUGCUCGUCACUAUCACGUUUGGUCGGGAGGUCACGGCCACCACCUGACUCUCUACUGCAUGAUGAUAAUCGCCAAUGUCCAUUUCUGAAGGCCAUUCGUCCGCUUGGGCGCACCGAGAUGGUGCCUUGUAUCAGACCUCCGAAAGUGGCGAAGUCUCAUAGCUCUGAGGCACCGCGAUCAACAAUCUCAGACACAUUGACAUUUGCCUUCGAUAGUAUCUCAAGUAACGAGAAGUUGGAAAGAGAGGAAAAACCGACGAAAACGCUUUGCGAUGCCUUUGUCUCUGAACGCAACUCAUUGGCCAGGGUUGGUGGCAGUGAUUUUGAAAGCACUGCUAGUGGGGAUGUGGUUGUGAUUAGUGACUCUGAAGACGAUCACCAAGGCGAGAUUGGAUGCCGCCAUCGGUCGCGACGGCAAGCACGUCCGCCCUUUUGGGUCACUAAAGAUUACCUUCUUUCUCAACCGCAAAAAUUGUCCAAACCAAUAAAACCUCAUCCUAUGAACCCACAAUCCUUGCUAACAGGCCCCACUGUAGAAGGAUCAGGUUGGGCAGAAAUGGAGCGCAGAGACCAUUGUGAUGAAUGCGGUCUGCCCUCACCAGGUGGCCCCCAUUUAGAUUUGCCUCUUGUCCCCUGUUGGCACAAAAACUGUCCUGGUCGUUUUCAUCUCACCUGCGCCCAACUUGCUGGCAUCCUCAUUGCUACCAGUCAGUAUCCCCAUUGCUUCUAUGUCGCUUGUCGUCGACAUUUGAGUGAAUAUCGAGAGUUUGAACACGAUGAGGAAGAAGCACCCCUCCAACCUGGUGAUAUGGUUUACGCCCUCCACCCUGGUGAUGGUCACUACUACAGGGCUGUUGCUCUGACAUUGGCGGGUCCACGAGUAUGCAAAGUGGCUUUUCCGGAUGGUACUUUCUCGCGAGAUACACCUUCUGACUGCAUCAUUGGUCACGAUUGGCACAAACUUGGGCCACCAAAAGUGGGCUCACGGGUAAAAGUCAGGUGGACUGACAACCUUGAGUAUUCGGCUGUCUUUCAGGGUGCUUCAGUUGAUAAGUGGAACAUUCGUUUCCCAAAUGGCCAGACUCUUAGACUUCGACGUGACAAAAUUUUUCGAGUUAAUGCUCGAAUCCCCGCUCACAUCCGAAGCCUUAUUGUGCGUUGA